AUGGAUGAGAAAGGUCUUAACUCGCAAUCUGCCAGCAGCCGUCUGCAUCGAAAUAACAUCAUGGCUACAUUCUCUUCUACUUGUCAAGACGUGACACUACGCCACGUAUUGAUCUUCCAUCGUCCUGGAGACAGAACACCUGUAAUACCUUUAAUUGGUACAAAAGUGAUUCCAACGCAAGAGGAGAAGGACUUCUGGGCCUCCCAAGUGGCUACGUCAGAGCAACUUGAAUUGCUACUGCAGACAGCAAAACCCGUUGGCGUUGAUAAUAUAAAGCCUCCUGUUAUCGCCGUCAAAGGAGUCAUGGCAUCCGUACGGGCUCUUGACCCAGAAGGGUGUCGACCACAUGACGAGAAAGAGACGUUUACUACGAGAGCGGUACGGAGACUUGAUCGACGACGACGUCAAGUGCGAAGAUAUCUACGUGCUUUCCAGCAGCGUCCCACGCACCGUCGAGUCGGCGCAAUAUCUGCUGCGAGGCUUCUUUUACGACGACGACCAGCCGAAUCACAAGGUUCUACAAUUUUUGUGCACACAUACGAGCACAACGUGCUGGCGCCCAUGCACCCGUUGCAUGUCUUCAAAGAAAUUGAGCUCAUUGUGUAUAAAGAUGUACUAAAAUUGCGUAGUAAAGCUGAGCAUGAUGUCACGCAGAAGCUAGCGUUGUAUUUGCGAGAGUGUCUGGGAGCGCCCGACGACCAGCCGUUAUCGUGGACGGCCGUUCGAGACAUGCUGACUUGUCGUGAGGCGUAUGGCGUGCCAUUCCCUGAGGGCAUCGACUGCAACAUCUUUAAACAAGUUGAAACCUACGAUACGUGGCUCUGGCAACGUCUGUAUCAUCGCAAACUUUUGCUACGGAGCGUUCAAGGACGGAGUGAAGGAGGUUUACAGUUGUUUGAAGGCGGUGGUGCAAAACGAACAACGUGCCAAGUUAUCUUUUUUCUCGGCACACGAUAA